UCCAAAACAAACCGCGACUACGUUGCUCUCAUUUCAAAUUUCCCAGUAACCAUCGCUCACAAAUAUGAAAAUUGACGAGAUCUCUACGCCGGAGCUCCGGGGAGGUCAAAACGACCUUCACAGUCAACUAUGCUCCCAAAUCGAAUCAUCAAUCAAAGAUAUCGAGAAACACGUACCUGGAACUGCCUUGCCGGAUUCCUUCUCCACCGAUCUCCGGCGUAGUAUCUCUCAGCUGAAUUCCCUCUCUCCUUACCCUAACUCCGUCAAGCUCCACAUUUGGAAACUAUCCUACCGCCUUUGGAAUGCUUGUGUCGAUCUUUCAAAUGCUGCCGGUUUUAAAACUUGGGGUCAUAAAAUCGAUGAGGAACACGCAAAGCUGCGUCAAGUAUCAGCUGACCUCCUCUUCCUCGCCUGUGACGUCUCAGGUAUCCCCUCGCCGGCUAUUAAAUCUGCGUCCUUCUUCUAUAAAACAGGUCUUAUUUGGCACGAUCUUCGAAAAUUCGAACACGCUAACUAUUGCUUCGAGAAAGCUACGGAUCUGUUAUCGAAAGUUGAAAUCAGUACUAUUUCAGAAAAUGAAGAGAAAAGGUUUCUGUUAGAUCUAAAUAUUGCUCGAUCACGUACAGCUUGGGAAGUCUCUGAUAGAAAUUUAGCGGUCGCUCUAUUGAGUCGAUCGAAAAGCAUGCUCUUCGCUGUUGCGGAGAACUAUAAAGCUUUAGCUAAUCAGUAUUUGACAUUUGGAAAAGCAAUACUAUCGAAAAAUGAAGUUUCUGGAGUGAAUGAAGCAUUGAGACUGAUGAAUGAUGCACUGGAAUUGUGUGAAAGGGGUUUGACAGUUGUGAAGAGGACAGAGGACACGUUAGCUUUGAAGGAACUGAGAUCGAAGACGCUUAGGUUUUUGGCAGCGGUUCAUUUGCAGAGAGAUGAAUUCGAGAGCGUGUUGAAAUGUGUGAAGGUUUUGAGAAACGGUGAGAAGGAUCAGCAUCCGAGUCUUAGUGUGUUGGCAAUGAAAGCAUGGCUGGGAUUAAGGAGGUUCGGGGAAGCGGAGAAGGAGCUAAGAGGAAUGGUAGUGGAUAAGGGGAUUCCUGAAGGAGUUUGGGUAUCGGCUGUUGAAUCAUACUUUCAAGUUGUGGGGGCUGCUGGAGCAGCAACAGUGAAGGGAGUGUUUCUAGGACUACUUGGAAGGUGCCAUGUUAGUGCUGGUGCAGCAAUUAGGGUGGUGAGUAAGGUACUAGGGGAUCCUGCUGGUGCUGGUGAAGAGGCCAGAUUGAGGGCAAAGGUGGUAUCGGACCUGGUGUCUGAUGACAGGAUUCUGACGCUCUUGAGUGGAGAGGAUACUUCCAAAGAGAGAACAGCUAUGCAUGCUCUUCUUUGGAACUGUGCAGCAGAACACUUCCGGUCAAAAGAUUUCCAGACCAGUGCUGAGAUAUUUGAAAAAUCUUUGCUUUAUAGCCCUUCUGACAUAGAGAGCAGAAAUCUCAGAGCAAAGGGAUUUAGAGUUUUAUGCCUCUGCUAUAUGGCCGUUUCACAGUUAGAUCGUGCUCAGGAAUACAUAAACGAGGCAGAGAAGCUUGAACCAAAUAUAGCAAGUACCUUCUUGAAGUUUAAGAUCUACCUGCAAAAGAACGAACCCGAUGGUGCUAUCUCUCAGCUGCAGGCAAUGCCAAGUCGCCUUGACUUCACCACUGAAUUCCUCUCUCUAGCUGCUCAUGAAGCUAUUGUCUGUCGUUGUCAUCCAGUUACUGUUGCUUCUCUGUCGCUUCUCUUGAAUUUCUACCCCACAGGGAAACAGAUGCCAACAACUGAGGUUGUAGUUUUCAGGACUUUAGUCACGACUCUAUCUCAGGGUCCUCAGAAUGAUUCUGAUAUCCUAAAGCAGAUGAAACGAGCUCAUACUCGGCUAUCUGAACUAGGUGCUGACAAAUUUUUUGGGAAAGGCGAGAUUGGGAGACGGGAAAGGAACUGGUUUUCAGUGAAUGCAUGGAAUUCCGGUGUUAAAACGGGGCAGGAGGACCAACAUGCACUAUCUGCAGAGUUCUUUAGAUUGGCAUCGGAGUUUUAUGGUGCUUCAAUCGAUGAAGAGAAAGAAGGGAACCAUGUAAUGGUAUGCAAAUCACUGAUUAUGACCGUGUCUGCAAUAAUCUCAGAUGAGAGGCAAAGAAAGAGUACAUUACUGGAAAAUGAAGUGAAGGAAGCUAUUUCUUUGCUAGACAGAGCAGGAAAGAUGUUAAUGUCAAGCUCAACGGAAUAUGACAAGUUAGAGGCCAUCAUUGAGCCUAAACUCUUGUUUAUGUACACUUGGUGUGCUUUUGAUCUGUAUUCAAGGCUUGAUGACACAGGAAGUCAACAGCUCCUCCUUAUUAAGCGUUUUGCAAAUUCAAAAUGUUGCAAUCCAAAUCAUCUACUUCAGAUUGGCAUUGACGCUUCACAAGGACCACGUUCCAACCACGAAGUAGCGACCUUUGCAUUAAGCACCUGCCUCUCCAUACUCCUGGCCUCAUCUUCGCCUGAUUAUGAAAGUGUGGCACUCAUACUGAGGAAACUUGUUUGUCUAAGAAGCAUCCAUGGAGCUGAUAGCAAUGACGAUGCAACAAUGGAAACGUACAAGCAAGCAUAUAGGAUAAUGGUGGGUUUGAAGGAAGGAGAAUAUCCAGUUGAAGAAGCGAAAUGGCUAGCCAUGACAGCAUGGAACAGAGCAGCAAUCCCAGUGAGGAUGGGGAAUAUGGAUGAAGCAAAGAGGUGGAUGUCUAUGGGGUUGGAGUUGGCCAAGAAAGUCCCAGGGAUGCAAACAUACAGGUCAUGCAUGGAAGAUUUUGUUGCUGGCUUUUAGAAGAAACUGUCAGGGUCAUGAUGAUGGACAAAGUAACAUUAAUGCACUAAAUUCUUCUAUGUACGUAAGAUCAUAGAUAGAUUCUGUAGGUGUUGAAGUUAAUCACGAAUAUCAUUUCAAAUAUUGCCUAGAGUAAUUUUGUUUCUUCUGUUA